UGUAAAGUCUUGAACGCUCCUCCCUGACAAGAGCGGAUAUAUGAAUGUGUGCAACUCUAAAGGAUGUGGUCUGCUGUGAGAUGAGGAAGAAAGUGAGGAGGAAGGAGUACACUGAACUCUCAACACGCUUCCUGCAAGCAGCUCGCUGUACAGGAGCGAAACGGAUAAAAGUCUGGUGUGAAUUUGGAUUAUUUCACCCUUUGUGAUUCUGAGAAUGUGUUGUGAUUCAGUAAAGAUGCGCUGAAGAGAAAGAAACAAUGGAAGUGGAGGAGACUGGUGACAAAAGGACUUCCUGGUCUGCUGUGCCAGGAGAGGCAAACUCAGUCCUCUGUGAUCAUGCAGGGAAGAAGAGAAAACAAGACCCAGUCCCUGAACUUGUGAACAGAAUCGUAGAGGAUGAAGAAGAAGAGGAUGAUGGUGAAAUAAUGUCUGACAUUAAUAAGGAUUCGGAGGAGCCCAGUAACAAGAGGGUUAAACCCGUGGCAAAGUCCAAUAGCCUAACAGGUGUCUUAACCCCUGUGAAGACCCCUGCUCUGAAGCGCAUUGGGCAGUCUAUUUCGCGGUCUAUUAGUUUUCGCACAGAUGCUCGACCUUUGCCCCCGGCCCCCCUGCGUUCCCGGACAAAGGCCUCCUCUUUUCCACGUCGCCGCAACAGCCAGUGUUGGAGUGACACCGUGGAAAGUCACGACCUCACAGCAAAGGAAAUCAAACGGCAGGAGGUCAUAUAUGAGCUGACCCAAGGAGAGAGGCAACUUAUAGAGGACCUCAGUUUGGUCAAGAAGGUGUACUAUGAGCCCAUGCUGAAGUUAGACAUAAUGACAGAGAGUGAACUUGGACAGAUCUUUGGCACUCUGGACUCACUCAUCCCCCUCCAUCAAGAUCUGCUGACUCGUCUUGAGCGACUGAGAGGCUCAGAGAAAACAGUUGGAGAGGUGGGGCCAACUCUGUUGAACUGGUUUCCUUGCCUGGAGGCCUAUGUUACAUACUGCUGCAACCAGGUGGGGGCCAAAGCCUUGCUGGACCAGAAGAAGCACGAGAAAAGAGUGGAGCACUUCCUGCGCCUCUGUCAGGAGUCUUCGUUCAGCAGGAAACUGGACCUGUGGAACUUCCUGGAUCUCCCUCGAAGCCGUUUGGUCAAAUACCCUCUGUUGUUGAAAGAGAUACAGAAGUGCACUCCGCCUGAUCACCCAGAUGAGGACACGUUGCCUGAUGCUUUGGAGUUGAUCCAGAGCAUCGUGGCAGAGGUGAACAAAAAGACAGGGGAAGCAGAGUGUCAGUUCUACAGGCGGGGUCUUUCCUACCUCGAAGAGAGCCAGCGGCUACCAGAGAUCCAGCAGUCCCGCUUCCUCUAUUGCCAUGGAGAACUCAAGAACAACAAGGGCCAGCGGCUGCAUGUGUUCCUAUUUGAGCUGGUGUUGGUGUUGAGUAGACCAGGAGAGGACAAGGACGGCGGUGAGGUGUUUCAUGUGUACCGACAGCCUCUGCCCAAUGCCUUGAUAAAUCUGGAGGAGAUCCCCGACGGUGAGGCUGCUGGAGGGGGCACCUUCAGAGGAGCCUUCACAGGGGGAAAUGAUAAAGUGAAGAAUUGUUUCCGUGUGAGCAGCAGAGGGCGCGCCAAAGCUCACUCUUACAGUCUGCAGGCCAAUGACUCCUUCAGCAAGCAGCAGUGGAUCACCUGUCUGCGCCAGGCGAUUGUCCAGUCACGAGAUAGGAAUGCUCACACCAGCCAGUCGCCGCUCUCUACUCACCACGAUCCCGCCCUGUAUCACAUAGCCGAGCUGAGCCUGAGCUCGGACACAGAAAUGGCAGACCAUACCUGUCGCUGACUGUCAGACUGAACAGCAGGUGGCCACUGGAGCCUCUACAUAUGUGUACAUUAUUGACAUUUGAGAAAACAAAAGGGACUGUCUGUGAAUGGUGAAUGUGCUUAGAGAGAAGUUCCAGCAAUUUUAAUGGCUUUGUGCUUUUUUUUUUUUUUUUGGCUUCUUGUGAUUGUGAUGAUGUGUGUACUGUACAAAGUGAGAAUACUCCUGAAUGUGAAUUUACCACAGAAGAAUGUUUUUGUUGUCGUAUUUUAAUAAACUGA